AUGUUCCCACCACCCCCCAUUGACAUCGAUUGGGCCAAUCUAGGCUUCAAGGUCCGUGACGGCAAUGGCCAUGUCGAAGCGCACUUCUCCCACAGCGAGGGCGCCAAAUGGUCCACCCCCGAAUUCGUCCGCUCUCCCUUCCUCCCCAUUCACGGAAUGGCCCCGGGGCUCAACUACGGCCAACAAGUCUACGAAGGGUUGAAGGCCUUCCGAAACCGCGACAACACCAAGAUCACUAUCUUCCGACCCGACCGCAAUGCACUGCGUAUGCAGCAUUCCGCGGAGGUGGUCUCCAUGCCGCUCGUUCCGGAGGACGUCUUCAUCGAGUGCGUACGACUGGCGGUCGGUCUCAAUGCCGAGUACGUGCCACCGCAUAGCUCUGGAGCGGCCAUGUAUAUUCGGCCUGUGCUGUUUGGCUCGUCCGCGCAGCUGGGACUGAGUCCUCCAGAUGGGUAUACGCUCGCGGUCUUUGCGAUGCCAACAGGAGUGUAUCACGGAGCGAGUGCAGUCGAUGCCUUGAUCCUAGAAGACUUUGAUCGCUGUGCGCCAUUCGGUACGGGUAAUGCCAAGGUUGGAGGCAACUAUGCUCCUGUCUUGAGACACAGUGAUCGGGCGCGUCGUGAAGGAUUCGGCAUCACGCUUCACCUGGACAGUGCCACCCGCAGUGAGGUGGAUGAGUUUUCGACUUCGGCCUUUAUUGGGGUUAAGCGCGAGGACGGACUCGUGACGGUUAUUCAGCCGGACAGUCGCAAUGCGAUUGAUUCGGUGACUGCGGCGUCGGUCUUGGAAAUUGCUCGCUUCCUUGGAUAUCGAGUGGAGAAGAGACGAGUUGCUUAUGAGGAACUACCGGAGUUCGAAGAGGUUAUUGCUGCAGGUACGGCGGCGGCACUGGUCCCUGUGGGUAGUAUCACGAUGCGGUCGACAGGCGACAAGUUCGAAUACAGUCGUGGAUCGCAGAACCAAGGCGGAGAAGUCUGUGUGAAGCUGUUACAGACUCUCCGUGGUAUUCAGUCAGGCGACGUUGAGGAUUCCUUUGGGUGGAACUAUGAGGUUCAAGCGCCACCUAAAGGAUUUGCAUUUGCAGAGGUACACGAAGUCGAGCAGCAGGGUGCUAAUCUCCCCUGA